AUGAAUCACCCAUUCCAAUUAAUCGUCGAUGAAUAUUUGGAUAGAAUUGCUAGAUUCCCUACCGAUAAUUAUUUAUCAUUCAAACUUGCAUAUAGUUUAAGACAAUUAGUAAUUGGUAAAGAUACUUAUUGGUUUGAAGUAACUGAUGAAGAACUAAGUAAAAUAAGUCCAAAAGAUAAUUCAUUUGAAGGGUUUCCACCACUUUAUAUAACAGCUGGUACAAAUGAAAUAUCAAUUGAUGCAAUUCGUGAUAUGACUGAGAUAAUGAGAUUAUCAGAUGUAGAAGUAAUAUUAGAUGAAGGUGAAGGAUUAAUGCAUACAUAUGCUUUAUUUCAUCUUUGGUCACCACAAGGUAAAUAUACUCAAGAAAAAAUUGGCCAAUGGAUUCGAGAACAAUUGUUAGUUGGACUACAAUCAACAUCAAAAACGAAUAGCAUCAUAACAGAUGAAAUGUGUAUUUAA